GAAAAUGCGCUGUCGAAGGACGGGGCCGAGGACGAUGAUGAUGAAGUGAAGCGGGACCCGCCGGUUAUUCAGGCCGUUGUCGCGACCAUUGGCUGGAUAAUGUUCGCAUCGGCGGUGUUUUGCCUGUGGGAAGACUGGAGCUACUGGACGAGCAUCUACUUCUUUUUCAUCUCCACCAGCACUAUUGGCCUCGGCGACGUGACCCCGGCCCAUCCAGAGUACAUGAUUGCCACGUUUAUGAUUGUAAUCGUGGGGCUGUCCCUUGUGAACGUGUGCAUCAACGUCGUCUGCGAGAAGCUCGAGCAAAUGUACCUGGCGCUGCUCACCAAAAUGGCCGAGGACUAUCAACGCGCGCUGGAAUCGGGCGAUCCGAAGGCCAUUGAGGGCAUGAUGAGCGGCUUCCAGGGCAAGGCCAAAUUCCUGAUGCCGCUGAUUAGCAAAAACGCCGGGAACAAGGUGAUGAACCAGUUCAAGGAGGAGGCCAAGGCGAAGGGCAUCGACAUCCCGCCAGUUCUUACCAAUCUCGACCCACAGACUGGAAUGCCCGCCUUCGCCAAGGCGGAUCGCGGCGAUUUCCGGGAAUUUAUCGAGGCGGCCGAGGUGAAAAGGCAGCAAACCGACCGCGUCGAGCAGCUGUUCAGCGAGCGCCAGACUCGUUCCCCGUCAUUUGCCGGCCAGGCACUCGUCAACACGGCCAUGGUCACCGAGGAGAUGAAGAAGAAGACGGCCGAGGUCGAGAUACAGACGUGGACGAUGGACGAGCUGUUCCAAGAGUGGAAGCCAAAUUGCCAUAUCGAGGUGCAGACACGACCGGAAAUGGUGGAAGAGCACAGCCACGAGGGACAGUGCCGAGCGGAUGUGGUGGAAAUGGAGAUCCAGACGAUAUGGGAAUCGAUGGACGAGGGGAUUCAGUGCGGCGCCGAGUUCUCGGAUUUCGAGACGCAAACUUCCUAUGAGAGCACCGAUGAGGGAAUUCAGGUGUGGCCAUCGAUGGAGGAGGUGUACACACAAUAUGACGUCGCCCUGAUCCCCGGUGUGGAAGCCCAAACGCAAGCCGUCGAAAUAGAGGAAUGCGGAUGCCAAUGGGAGCCGUCGACGUCCGGGAUGGCCGAAAUGGGCACCCAGCCCGAGGUGUCCAUGCUGUAUCACGAGCUGGAGAACGAGCCCGAGGAGGAACAGGAUACGGUAGCUUUUCAAAUU